AGGAACCGGGAGCUUCGAAGGCCUCAUUCAAAAUGCCAAUCAAUACAGUACACUAGAGAACCCUCCCAGUCGACACGUUCUCGUUGCGAAGUUUUUUUGUCGCCGAUCCCGGACAGGCAGUGACUAGUUAGACCACAGGACACUUUCAUCCGGGGAUAUGCUUUCGCCCAGUGCGUUCGGGCGAAAUCGGGAGGUAUGAUUCCCGACCACCCUCUCAGAGACAGCAUUCGUGUUAGGGCCAUGUAAUGCGACGGCAGUGUUAUCAUGGUCGGUUAGUGGCCACAAGGCAAAUUCGGUAGCAUUCUUUAUGUUUCAAACAAUAUAAAAUUAGAAAUGGUGGUCAAAAUGGCCGCCAUGGAUGACCAUGAAAGAAAAAUUGUUGUAGAAUUUUGCCAUCUUCUUGACAAAUCUAAAAACCUGUUCAAUGGUCUACGGGAUCUUCCUCAGUAUGGUCAUAAACAAUGGCAAACAUAUUUCGGAAGGACUUUUGACGUUUAUACUAAAUUGUGGAAAUUUCAACAGCAACAUAGACAAAUUCUAGAUACAAAGUACGGUCUCAAAAGGUGGCAAAUAGGAGAAAUAGCGUCAAAAAUUGGUCAGCUCUAUUAUCACUACUACUUGAGAACAAGUGAAACAAAUUAUUUAAACGAAGCGUUUUCAUUUUAUUCGGCGAUUCGAGGUAGAGCGUAUUAUUCAAGGGCUUCGAAAGAAGACAGUGCUAUGCGUUACAGAUCUGAUCUUAUGGUGAAGAAACUACGAUAUUAUGCAAGGUUCAUUGUCGUUUGUCUGCUUUUGAAGAAAAUGAAACUAGUUAGAGAUUUAGUUAUGGAAUUAGAUAAACAAAUUGUGGAUUAUACUAGCACUUAUGAGCCAGAUGAUCAACUGGAGUGGUCUUUGGUUCUUGAUGAGAUCAAAAGCUUUAUUAAGGCUGAUGGCAUUGUAAGCGUACUUCAUGCCGACUCUAACACAAUAGUGUUAUCUCAUAGGCUGAGUCCCCUUACAACCCCACCUGUAGAAAAAUCGACGAUUAUGAACCUAUCACUACAAGAAAUUGUGAUUAUUGGCAAUUGUACUGACCAGGUAAAGUUCAGCGAACUUACCAUGGAUAUGUUCAGGAUGCUCCAGACUCUAGAAAGGGAACCUCAGGAGGAUUACAACCACUUAUACGAAUCGCCUGGCCCUGGCAGAGUGCCUUUUGAAAAAAGCUAUUCAGUAUCAAGUGCCAAGGGGGGAGUCGGUUAUCCUGCAAUGGUCAUGUGCCAGGAAAACGGUGAUCGUCCAGCCAAAAGGGAAAACCCGCAUAAAUACCUCCUAUAUAAACCAACAUAUAGUCAAAUUAUGGUGUUUUUGGCUUCAGGGUUUAAAGAAUUGCCAGCAAAUGGAGCACUACUUUUGUAUAUCUCUGCUGACGGUUGCUUCAGCUCGACAAAACAUCCUGAAGACAUGGGCUAUGACUUAGGAGGUGUUAUCACAAAUAGCAAGAGAGAACAAGAUCAUUCAAAUAAGAAAGGAAUUCACUGUAAAGAUAUGCACUGUUUAUAUCCGGGAGAUCUCUAUCCAUUUACGAGAAAACCGUUUUUUGUGAUAGUAGACUCAGACAACAGCUUCGUUUUCCAGCAUCUUCCAAGAUAUUUUGGACAGCCGUUGGUUAUAUUAAUGUCCCCGCAGGAUAUCCCUCCAAAUUUUCAUGAGCAACAGCACAACGGGAACCUUUUCACAAUGUUCCUCCACAGCCCGCUCACAGCAUUUUGUUACAUUUGUAAUAUCCCAAGUGUCCCGAUACAUCACUGGGAGCGAUGCCAAUCGUUUAUAGAUAGGUUUGUUACUGAGGCAAGCCGAUUAUUGACUCGUAGUAGAAUAGAUCCUGUUUAUCUUCAAUUUUUUGGUGAUGAUUUCCUUAGACUUCUAGUCCUUCGAUACAUUUUCUGUGAUAUAGCUCUUCAUUUGCACCGGUCCUUUAAGAGUCGGCAGCUGAGGCCACGCUGCCAGCCAGCCUUACCCGAAGCAGAUUUGUUGGACCACCCUUCACUUCAGCACCUAGUUCUAGACCUUGCUGCUCACUUAGAAGUGAGAUCACAUUUUGUGGACAACAUUGAGAUGGAAUGAUGUCAAGCCAAGCCGAGGCGGUCUUCAGGCACCACCCCGGCUCAUAGGAGUAGAUGACAGCCGUCCACAGCCCCUCCAUUGCGCAGUCCAGGCGGUGAUCUCACCUAUUAAGAUACGCCUUCUUCUAAAUUUAAAAUCUGCGCUGCAUAGUUGUACAUUCCUAACAUCAAGUAAAUAAUGUAAACUCAAAUUUUUAAUCUUUUACUAUCAAAGGGUGGAUUUUUAAAGCUUCAAUUUUAUCUCAAAUUCUCUAUUUACAAAAAAAAAUUAAAUUAACUAAUU